AUGAGAGUAGGAAAGAGGGUGGUACAAGAUGGUCCAGAAGAAGAUAUUGAGACAGAAGGAGAAAGAUACCUUCAUUCAUUGGCUAAAAAACAAAUGAUGACCGAUAUUACAUUAAAAAAGCAAUUUUCCCAACAUCGACAAUUUAGCACCACAAGCGCCUUUAAGCCUCAUGUGGACACCCUAGUAGGUGUUGUUCAAUUAAAAGACUAUCAGAAAACUGACCACCUCGAUGCUAGAAUAGAAGAACUUAGCCGCUAUGGGUUAACAAACAACGAAAUUCAAUUGAAAAUAAAACACGAAACUGGCAAAUUAUCGGAGAUGCGCUCUGGUGUUCUGAUAAAUCCAGAUAUAGAAAAGGAACAACUAACAAUCAUUGAUGCAAAGAUCUCUGAGAAAAAGUCCGCGGACAGCUUUCCAGUUCAAUUUUCGGACGUCCAGAAGGUCACAAGGCACGAAAUGGAUCUAGAAAAGGCGAUCUGCUCCACUAAAGAUGGAAAAUUGAGUAAACAUCUUGUUGUUCAAAAAGAUUAUGAGAAAAGUAACCCUCUUAGUAUGGUACCUGAUCUCAUGACGGAAAUGGAAGACAAAAUCAAUUCCAAAUUCCGCGAAAGACGACGUGAACGGAAACGAAAUAAGAAAUAUGGAGAGUCCGUAGAUAAAAUGAAAGCAGAAAUUUCUUCCGAAUUAAAGGAAGGAAACUCUCUUGCAACUGAAGAAUGUCAAGAAUACAAAGGACCUUACGGUGAAUGGGAACUUGUUCUUCCACCCCCAAAAGACAAAAACAUUGUUCUUGGACCGUUACCCCUCGGUACCUCGCGCUCUAUAAAAACAACUCAUGUGAUCGAACAAAUUCCUGAAAAAGAAAUACUAGAUAAUAGACUGACAUGUGAGGAAAUAAAGCAAAUCCCGAAAUUUGAGAAUUAUCACAAGGGUGUUGCUAAUAAUGUGCUGUAUAUAAAGAACAUAGACAAUAAAGUUACAGAAGAAGAUCUAAUAUCUGUGUUUGGUAGAUUUAGACAAGACGAUCAGCCAAGCAUCCAAUAUAAACUAAUGACGGGUAGAAUGAGAGGACAAGCAUUUAUUACAUUUCAUGAUACACCAACAGCCGCUACAGCUUUAGAAAUGAUCAAUGGUUAUAAGUUAAAAGAUAAACAUUUGAUAAUUCAGUAUGGCAAACCAUCAAAUAAAUAA